AUGUUUAGUCAAGUGGAUAUCCGUAACAGCACUAGUAACAACAACAACUGUUCUAACAGUACCACUGAUACUACUACUACUACUACUACUACUGCUGCUGCUGUUGCCACUUCCACUGCCACUGCUACUGCCACUACCACUGCUUCUGUCCCACCUGCAUCUACCAGUCCGACCACAUCUACUCCAAACGCAUCCUCCUUGGAAACUUCUCGACUGAUUUUAAUGUCAUCAAUUAUUUCACCACGAUCCACCACAACGGAAGAGCAACAUCAGCAACCACAACCAACAGAUAUGUCGAACGAGAAAACAACCUCCAACAAGAUAUCACCACCUGCACUGACCCUACCCAAACCGCAGACGCUAUUGCAACAACAACAACAACAUUCUCCAACUAAACCACAAACUUUGGUGCAUCCACCUGAGCCAAGGCUUGCAUCGUCUCCAAACUAUAAACGCAAGACGCCGACUGCUACGUCCCCCUUGAAUGUUAGUCCUGCGACUAGUUGUAGAUCCACUACUAGUACAACAAGCACAACGAGCACUUGCAACAGUGCUGUCAUUUCACAGCCACCAAAACGUCACAAACCCCUGAACUUGAACUUGAACUUGAACUUGAACUUGAACUUGAGUGCGCCUAAUAAAAAUGCUGCUGACAUGGCAUUAAGAAUUGUAAGUCCUGUACUACCGGCUUUGGACGAUGAGAUGAAGUCUACUAUCAAGUUAUCACAAAAGAUUCAACAACAACAACGGUACUUGAUUGCCAGUAGACAAGGAUUAGAUUUAGACCAAGACAGGUUUGAUGAUAGCGGUGAUACAUAUGUUGAUGAAGAUGCCCCUAUGGAUAAAAAGACAUCAGCCACAUUUUCGAAAAGUCAUAGUACUUCGCCUACUACUACUGAUUCGGGUCAACCAACUGGUGAAAGACAUGCAGCUGAUCAUCAAACGCCGCUUUCACAACUUGAGAAUAAAGAAAAUGCAACUACUCCAACAUCGGCAACCACAACCACGAAAUCACCAGUGUAUGCACUAGAUGAUUCAGAUAUAACCAGACUUUCUAGUUUGAAGAACAGGAGAAUGAAGCGGAGAAAUGUUCCGGCUCCACUAAACAUUGGAGCUUCAUCAAAUACAAACACCAACAAUCUUAACAACCUGUCGAAACCCAAACUGCAUGUUGCUCCAUUAUCUAUUCGUUCUGCUCCAAUUAGAUCAGCACCACUACGUCCUACUCUCAACUUGAGGCCUAGAGGGGGCGGAGGGACAGCGGGAGCUGGGGCAGCAGGAUUUGUGGUUGGAAACCCCGGUAAACCAGUUGACAUACAUCAUUUACCACCUAUAGCAUCUUCUGCGUACCGUACUCCAAUGUAUCCUUCGUCGUUGCAAAGUCAACAACAACAACAGCAACAACAACAGCAACAACAACAGCAACAACAGCAACAACAGCAACAACAGCAACAGCAACAGCAACAGCAACAGCCGUACUAUUACUUGGCUCCACCUAGAACAGCGCGAUGGAGUAGUAACAAUGCGCCACCACCAAUGUCAUAUGCAUUAAGACAAGGACGUCCACUCUCACAACAACAUCACCAACAACAGGUAAUACCCCAAAGCUCUCUCCCACGAGGCGUACGAUUAGUGCCAGCACCUAGUGCAGUAGUGGCACAACAAAUCCCCAUGCGAUACUUGCCAAUUGUCCCACCGUCAUCAACAAUGCUCAAUUUCCAACAAAGACAAUAUCAGCAACAACAACAACAACAACAACAAAUGCAAACACAAUCACAAAGGGAUAGAAACUCCACUGUUGGUGCUGGAAGUAGUGGUGGUUAUGGAAACCCACGACAUGGUGCUACUGUAACUGAUGUGUUUAGUGACAAUUUUCAAAAAGUUGCACCAUUUCAAUCACAACCAUUAUCUUCGCAAGUUGAGUUUUUCAAACGUGUUGAUGCCAAUGUACCGAUAAUUCAGGGAGAUGUACAGUCAAGUGAUAAAAUUGUCGAGAAUGACGGAGGUGCUGCUGUUGACGGCGAUGAUGUAGAUUAUGUUGAUGAUGAUGACAAAGCACCAGUGUCCCAAGAUGAGAUUGAAGAGAUGCAACAAAAGUAUGCUUCUAGUAGAACCGUGGUUCCUCAGUAUGUCCCCAGUUACCGUCAACAACAACAACAACAGAUACCUCAACAAUACUCUUCACAGAUGAUGAUGAUGCCAAUCAUGGCUCCUCCUCCUUCAUCUUCCAUCCCUAAUGGAUGUAAUUCGUCAUCACCACUAAAUGGAGCCCUGAGCGGCGGUGAAGUCUUUGGCAGUAUUAAUUUUAUGAAUGAAAGUAUAUUCAAUUUCAGGAUAUUUGAACGCAAGAAUAAAUCAGGAGACAAGGACCAAAAGAAUGAGGAAAAUGGAGCUCAAGCUGACUACGAUGCUGAGAAACAUGCAUUGUCUAGCUCUUCUUCUUCUUCUUCUUCGUCUGCGGCAUCGGCGUCGAGUAUGGAUGAACGCAGUGAGAAAUUGAAGUCACCUGAAGUUUGUGAGUCCAAACAGGAUCUGGAUGAAGCUGUGAAGAACGAAAUGCCAAAACAACAAGGUAUAAAAGGGGGAGACUACAAGGAUACUAGCGGUGUUGAAAAAGAGCAAGUGGCUGAAGCAAAUGACAAUGCCGAUGACAAUGACAAUGACAAUGACGAAAAUGAAGAUGAAUCAAUGGAGCACGAUAGCGAUAUUCAACCCAAAUCAAAUGAGAUUGAUCAAGAUUGGUUACAUUAUGAAAAGGAAAAGUUUAUGAAGAUUUGUGAAACUUGUUGGGAUGAAUUUGUAAAGUCAAGAAAUUCACAAUCAUGA